UGUUUCUUUUAGAAAACAUGAUGAAAAUUAAGUGUUUUAUUGUAGUGCUUUUUGCAUGCUAUUGCCUGGGCGAUGAUACCUCGUUAAACGAUCUUAUUGCUGAGAUUUUUAAAACAGACAGUUCCACUCCUUCAACCCCGAUACAUCCCACCCAGUCUACGCGGCCUUCACAAAUAGCUGAGACUGCUAAAGAGAAAACCAAGUAUGAGUCAUGUGGUAUACAGAAGGAAUGUGUGCCCCGAUGGUUAUGUGCGAAUGAUACGAUAAAUACUAGUGGAGAAAAUAUAAUAGAUAUUCGAUUCGACGGAACUUGCUCAAAUUAUUUGGAACUAUGUUGUGAAAUUCCCAACAAGAAAGAAAAGCCAGAUAUAACAAUCGAACCUAUUGAUCGGGGCUGUGGAUACCAAAACCCUAACGGAGUUGGUUUUAAGAUAACGGGAGCGAUUGAUCAAGAAGCAGAAUUUGGAGAAUUUCCAUGGAUGGUUGCAAUUUUAAGAGAAGAAUCGCAACUCAACUUAUAUGAAUGUGGAGGCGCUUUGAUAGCCCCAGAUGUUAUAUUGACAGCAGCCCAUUGUGUUCAUAAUAAGGAUGCAAAAUCCCUUAUAGUACGGGCUGGUGAAUGGGAUACGCAGACGAAAGUAGAAAUAAUUCCACACGAGGAUCGUUAUGUUAAGGAGAUAAUAUAUCACGAACAGUUUAAUAAGGGAUCACUUUAUAAUGAUGUUGCACUGCUUUUCCUGGAAAGCCCAUUUAACUUGAAAAUGAAUAUUCAACCUAUUUGCCUACCGAAUGUAGGAGAGGAAUUCGAGCUGGAUCGCUGUUACGCAACUGGUUGGGGAAAAAAUAAAUUUGGAAAGGAAGGCGAAUAUCAAGUUAUUUUGAAAAAAAUAGAUUUACCCGUCGUUUCAAACGCAAAAUGCCAAGCCAAUUUACGGGAAACACGACUUGGAAGGCAUUUUAUAUUGCAUGAUAGCUUUAUGUGUGCUGGGGGAGAAAAGGGUAAGGACACUUGUAAGGGCGAUGGUGGCUCACCAUUAGUGUGUCCAAUUAAAAAUCAACCAAAUCGAUUCAAAUCCGCUGGCAUAGUCGCAUGGGGUAUAGGUUGUGGCGAAGAGAAUAUACCUGGUGUAUACGCUAAGGUUUCUUAUUUAAGACCAUGGGUAGACCAAAAGCUUGCUUUGCGACAGGUUGAUUCCAAAUAUUUUACGCCCUAAUCGAGCAUUUUAAAUAGUUUAAAUAAGAGUUGUAUGAAUUUCGUUCA